AUGUUUUUGUCAUUUCUGUCAAGAGUGUCAAGUAGUUUUACCCUUCGCACCAAUACUGCUAUGGCGGGAGACCAAACUCCUAUGCCUGGGUUUGUUCCCAAUACACAAAUGCCGUCUACCUCCGAUGCCCAUGCUACGUUGCCUCCUCCUCUACCACCCAGACUCGAUAUGUCUCAACAGAAUGCAAUGGUUCCCAGCUAUGGGUAUGGAGGUAUGGGUGGAUACGGAGGAAUGGGUGGAUAUGGCGCAAUGGGUGGAUAUGGAGGAAUGGGUGGCUAUGGUGCUAUGGGUGGAUAUGGUAUGGGAAUGGGGGGAUAUGGCAAUAUGGGUGGAAUGUAUGGAGGAUACAACAGAUAUGGCUAUGGUGAUAUUGAAAGUAGGUUCAUACAGAUGGCCGAAGAAAACACGCGGCCUACCUUUGAUUCAAUACAAAGUCUAGUCCACGCUGUGGGGAGUGUCGCCAUGAUGUUAGAAAAUACAUUUUUUGCUCUCACUAGCUCGUUCAGAGCUAUUUUAGGAGUAGCAGAGAACUUUGGCAGACUUCGGUCUCUGUUUGCCCAAUUCUGGUCCACGUUUGCGGUCAUCAGGACCAUCAACUGGAUGAUUAGGAAACUACUGGUCAUAAUGGGUAUCCGCACCGAGACUGAAUUUAAGGCAUGGGCGGAAGCUGUGGCCGCGACACAGCCUCAAUCAUCUGAAACGCCAGCUCCCCAGCGCUCAAGCUGGCCAGUCCUUAUGUUCUUCGGCCUUGUGGCUGCCGCACCGUACAUCGUUCUGAAGAUGUUCAGCUCUAUCACCAAGAAUAUCCAUGAAAAUUUGCAUGACCCAACCACGUGGCAGGAGCCACUUCGCGCUAUCGCGCGCCACUCAUUCCAAGCAAGCAGCCCCCAGGAAAUAUCUUUCGCUGAAAACGACGCCAUUACCGUCGCUCCUCAAACUCUCCAGGGUCACUUAUGGAACUCAGGAUGGCUGAUGGCGACCACGGAUAGGAGAACCGCUGGUUUGGUACCAGUAAACUAUAUCAGGAUUAUAAAGCCAACGAAUACGAUUGAACCUCAAGAAAAGGAGCCAGAAAGUGUUAAAACUGAAUUGUAA